AUGGACCCGCCCAGCCUCAUGGGCCUCGUUGCCCGAGCGGAUGAGAAUGGCAUUCCCGACAUCACCGACCCGUGGCCAACAAAGGAUAUUGUUUACGUUUCCGUCAUUGCCCCUCUCAUGUUGAUGGCGCUGCUCGAAUGGUUUCUCUGGGUAGCCGCCUUUCUCUACUGCAUCGUCAAGGUUUUCCAAAAGGCCGAGACGGUCAGUGUGCGCAUCCUAUCCAUUUUCUUCGGUCUUCUCUUCUUCGCCCUCCGUGCUAUUUUCCUGCCCAUCAUGGUGGUCACGCUGCCGCUCCCCCCGCAAGUCACCAAAUACUUCCCCAACGAGAUGGUUGGCUUCCUUCAGUGGUUCGCCUUCUGGUCCUUUGCCGGUCUUCUGACGAUCCCCUGGCUGUUCUGCGUCUACCAGCUCGUCACCCACUCGGUUGGUCGCGCUCGCAGGAUCAAGUCGGUCCUUGACGAGGCUUCGGCGCCCAAGGUCGUCAUCGUCAUGCCUUGCUACAAGGAAAUCCCCGAGAUUCUGCUGCGAACCUGCGACUCGCUCGUCGACUGCGAAUACCCUCCCUCCUGCCUUCACAUUUUCCUCUCCUUCGACGGAGACCAGGAGGACGAGCUGUACCUGCACACCAUUGAGAAGCUCGGUGUGCCGCUCACGCUCGACACGUACCCCAAGUCCAUCGACGUCAUCUACCGUAGCUGCCGCAUCACCAUCUCUCGUUUCCCUCACGGUGGAAAGCGUCAUUGCCAGAAGAGGACCUUCAAGCUCAUCGACAAAAUCUACACCGAGUACCUCAAGCGCAACGACAACCUGUUCGUGCUCUUCAUCGACUCUGACUGUAUUCUUGACAAGACGUGCAUCCAGAACUUCAUGUACGAGAUGGAACUCAAGCCUGGCAGCAAGAAGAACAUGUUGGCUCAGACCGGUGUCAUUACGUCUACGACGGAGAAGCAAUCGCUCAUCACUCUUCUUCAGGAUAUGGAGUACGUCCACGGUCAACUGUUUGAGCGUUCCGUCGAAUCUGGCUGCGGUGCUGUCACUUGCUUGCCCGGUGCUCUUACCAUGCUUCGAUUUUCCGCCUUCCGCAAAAUGGCAAAGUACUACUUCGCUGACAAGGCGGAGCAAUGCGACGACCUCUUCGACUACGGCAAGUGCCACUUGGGCGAGGAUCGUUGGCUCACCCACUUGUUCAUGCUUGGUGCGAAGGAACGCUACCAGAUCCAGAUGAACCCCGGUGCUUUCUGCAAGACGGAAGCUGUGCAAACAUACCGAUCACUCCUCAAGCAGCGUCGCCGAUGGUUCUUGGGUUUCAUCACCAACGAAGUUUGCAUGUUGACUGAUAUCCGUCUCUGGAAGCGCUACCCUAUUCUCCUCGUCAUUCGUUUCAUGCAGAACACGAUCCGUACCACCGCGCUGCUCUUCUUCAUCCUGUGUAUCUCGCUCAUGACCACAUCGCAAAAGGUCAAGAACCUGCCCGUCGGUUUCAUUGCCAUUUCCCUCGGACUCAACUGGCUUCUCAUGUUGUACUUUGGCGCCAAGCUCGGCCGUUACAAGAUCAUGCUGUACCCUCUCAUGUUCGUCGUCAACCCCUUCUUCAACUGGGUGUACAUGGUCUACGGUAUCUUCACUGCUGGUCAGCGUACAUGGGGAGGACCUCGUGCUGACGCCGGAACCGCCGACGCCAAGACCACUCCUCAGGAGGCGAUUGAGAAUGCCGAAGCUGCCGGUGAUGAUCUGAACGUCGUUCCUGAGACCUUCAAGGCUUCUGCCGAGGCCAGCAAGCACCGCACUGGCGCUGCUCCUCUGCAGCCAUCCGACAACAUUGACGGACGCUUCGCUGCUGCAGAACGCUUGCCCAACGGAUGGUACCAGCAAGGCAACGACUCUGGUCUCACUCUGCCCAACACUAUGCCCCGCAAUCCAAACGUUCCUCACAUUCCCCUGCACCCACGCGCUUCGAUGGACUCUUUCGCCUCGUACGACACUUCUGCCAACAACUCGGUCUACCUACCUCGCCGUGUCGAAAGUUUCAUGGAUCCUGAAGAUGCUCGUGUGUACCACAAGGCUCAGCAGACGCAGAAGCCUGCCGGUGGCGCCUUCUUCGAGGAGCCUCGCGCUGGACCAUAUGAAGUCGGUGUCAGCAAGGGCCUCUACAGCGAAUCUGUCGACUCGAUCGACGACGACUCUGUCUACCAGUCCAAGGGCCCACAACGACCUGCGCAAGGUGGCGCUCACGCACCCACACGCACAUCGCCUCUCUCCGCUGAGCAGAACAACACGCCCCUCGACUCGCCCAAGCCGUCUUACAACCGGUCACACAGCAUGGACCAACGACAGGGACGCAGCCCCCUCGCCUACGAGAGCUUCUCGACUCAGCCAGGUGAGGACAUUGAGCUUCAGGCUCCCCAGCAAAGCAGCCUGAUGCGUGAUGUAUCACCUGCGCCGCUUGGUCAGCCCGUUAUGCCUGGUGCUGGCCACGGACGUAGCGACUCAACCGACUCGAAGAAGCGCAAGAGGCUCAGCAAGGCGAAGCCCAGCAAAUAA